AUUGCAACAAGUGGCAGCCGGCCUAGCGAUAGCAAGCCAAGGAAAACAUUUAUAAAAGUGAAACCAACAUGAAAUAUGCCUUCUCAGAAAAGGAAACCUAUGGUCUUGAGCUGCGCAGGGCACAACCAGAUGGAUUUAAGGACAAAGCCUCUUGUAGCAAGGAACCAGGAAAGAAAGUCCUUUAUAUCUCAAAUUUGCUUCAUGAUUAACCAUGCCUCCUGGGGGAAACCUUGUUGCCUUGGAAUAAGAGAAAACCAGCAUGGAAUUAAUGCUUGGGAAGCAUGCAAAACUGUUCAGUAUAACACAGCAGCAAAGAAUGAGUCAAGCUUCACAAAGGAGUCUCUGCCAUCACAAAACACGAAAAUGAUUUCGUCUAUACUCAUUUCACAGAUGAUUGAUGAGAAUAAAUCAAAAGAAAAUAAGGCUCCUUUCCCUAUGAAGUCUGUAAUCACCCAGUCUGAUGCUUACCGCAUGAGCCAAUCUUUGGCUAAUCAUAGUUCAGUCAACAUUAAUAGAGCAUUCAUAUUGCUUCCCAGAAGAUUAGGAAUUCAGAUUUCUUCAGAUGACAAUGUAUUUGGAACAGACUUCCAUACCAAAGAGGAGACGCAGUGUAAGAGUCAGAGGAAAGGUUUUGCUUCCAUCACCAUCACCGCUAGACGAGUCGUUCCACCUUCUCACAGCAUGAUGCAGGUGGAUGCUUCCGACCCUCCUUGUUUUAAAUUCCGAGAAAGAAGUGAGCUGCUAAUGAACACUGCUCCUGCUUCAAAUGUGACUGGGCUAGAUCAGCCCUGCAGACCUUUCCACGCACAAAGAUGUUGUCAAAAUGGAAAUGCCACUGAAAUAAAGGUUUCUGAACCCUGUCCGCAGCCGUGCACGGAACAAUCUGGCUGCACAUCCAGCUCCGAAAAUAAAGAGAACAGAAGGACCCCUCCAAGAAACAGCCACAAAAAACAAGCACCAAUUUCCUUCACUUCAAGCAUUCACUUCAGCAUCUCCCAGCAGUGCCCAAACACAAUAUAUUACAUAGACAAGUCUCUCUCAGUGCCUGUAGAUCAACCACGGACUAAGCACCAAAAAAUGCAUAGGUCAGUCAUGUCUUUCAAUAUAAAUUGCAGUUCCCCCACUUUAACGCCAGAUGGAGUGGAUGGUUUAGCUAAUGGAGAGCUAAUCACAGAAGUACUUAAGACAAAGCUCCCGGAGGAGAGCAAGGCUCCACGCAGAACAAUUUGGAAUGCAGAUCUCAAGGAGAACUACUUGGAUAAAAAACAGACAUUGGAAAAGGAACCGUUAGGGAAUGAAUAUCUCCAGAAUGGUACCUUUCCAUCUGAAACCCUGCCAGUUGUGGAUAGCCUUCAAGGACAUGAUAAUUUAAAGCUAACAAAGAAUAAUGAUGGGAAUUCAAGUGACUAUCACAGUACAUUGUCUCCUCACAUUCCUCAUUGGACUCACGAUGAAGGCACACAAGCAUCCUCUGGAAGCAACAGAAAACAGUGCAUAAGAGACAGACACUAUGAAACAGCACGUGCCUCCUUUCUGGAGCAAUCGUCCAAGAAAGAACUCCUGGUGGAAGGUGGGAUUUCUUUGAAAGAUAAACAUCAACCCAAAGCCACUUCAGAGUCCAAAGAGAGUCACACCCAAAGCUUUCUGAAACCAAAAACAUCUUUUUCUGAUCACGGGUAUCAUAUAAAGGCUUUAUCGAAAAGGGCACUGGGAGAAAAUGAUAUCCACAGACAAGAUCCAUUCCCAAAAGGUGAUUACAAAUUCUGUGGCUUGGCUAUCAAGCUGAAGGAGCAUCAGGAAAGUGAGAUGAACAAGACGAUCGAGAGGGUAACAACCUCCACAGCUCAUGAGCCAGAUGUUACUCAUGAGAAACAUGAAGCCCUCCAGCAGCCAGAGGUCUGCUCUGAGCCUGAGAACAUUCCUGAAAACCCACUGACUCUCAGGGAGGCGCUAGAAGUUCACAAGCCUCACUUUAUUUCCCGCUCACAAGAACGCCUAAAGAAACUCAAACACAUGGUACAGCUGAGGAAAACCCAGCAGGGUGAUGCUUCAAGAAAGAAACAAGGGCCUGCUCUUUCUCGCAAACUUUCCGCGUCUUCCAUUACGAGUAAGAAGAAACAGUAUACAAUUCCUCAUCCUCUCAGUGAUAACCUGUUCAAGCCAAAAGAACGGUUCAUUUCAGAGAAGGAGAUGCACAUGCGAUCGAAAAGGAUUUAUAAUAAUCUGCCUGAAGUGAAGAAGAAACAAGAAGAGAAACAGAAACGGGUAAUCAUACAGAGCAACAGACUGCGUGUUGAAGUGUUCAAAAAGCAAUUGCUGGAUCAGCUUCUUCAAAGAAAUACGGAGUGACUAAAGAUUCCUGGACACGUCAUUUCUUCUUGGACCUUGGAGGCCUUUGAUGAUUUUAAAGCCAUAAAAACUUGAUGUGAUCUUCACUACUUGGAGACUUUAUUCAUUUUAACUCUACAAACAAAGACUUUAGCUUGAUUUGAAUUUUUUUUAAAAAGGAAUAUUCAAAGUAAUUCCGGGGGGGGGGGGGGAGAACCGCUGGAUUAUAUUCUUUCUGGUGGUCAUGGCACAUGGAAAUACAGCUUUAAAAAUGGUUUUAUGCACUUCUUGUUGCGGCAACGCAGUAUUUAUUUUGUACUUUUAAAUUAUAAAGCCAGCUUUUUAUUCAUAGAUGAGGAUUAUAUUGUCACUGCAAAUACAUGAUUCCCAUGUACUCCACUUAGUGAUGGCUUUCAUGUCUAAAACUAGCUCUUUUGAAUGUAAGGAAGAGUGAAUAUUUUUGCUGUGCUAUUUAGCUAAAAUAGCAUUGCUGCCUAACCAUCUGAACUGCAGCAUUAAAUGAAUGCUUAACAUAGUAUCAAGACUGAUAGUUUAAUCAACCACAUUCUUGUUUAUAUAGUGAAGCCAAAUAAGGGGUUACCUGUUAAAAACCAGUCUUUGGGACCUAACUAUUAAUUCUUCUUUUGAAACAUGCUCUUUGCUAAACCAUAUAAUUUUGCCUGGCUUCCCUUGGUUUUAUGUUUUUUUAAAAUGGCACAAACACGGUCAGUGGUUCUGACCAAGAAAAAUGCUUGUGGAAAGAGUGCACAUUUUAAAAUAUCUGUAUUGUUUCCUCCAAAAAUACUUAAAAUUGUCAUUUGUGCAUUCAGAAACAAAGCAAGUUAAGCCUUGUUUUGAAGGCUUAGGAAAGAAUAAAGCCCAAGUAGGAAAAAAUUGUCCAGAUUCUGUCAGUUUUAUUGGGCAGUGUUAAUUUUCAAAGCUAUGAUUACAAAGCAUCAUGCAAUUCAUAUCCUUAUGUCUGUGGGAGAAUACCACCAUGGAUUGUGUUUCCAUACUUGCUUCUGUGUACCAAUUCCAAUUUCACAAUUAAUGUGAUGGAUACUAUCUGGAAAAUGCUACACGCUGCUUCUUUCACAGCAGAUGAAACCGGCUGCGAAUAACCCACAGCUGGCCCUUCCUUGAUCUGUACAUUCAUGAGAGUUCAGUAACAGCUAACUAGGUGGGCAUUUCAGGAAACAGGGAAUUUGGUGGUGGUGGUGGUGGUCCCCCCCGUUAAAUAUCACAUUUGUUCAUUUGUUGUUUAUGGGCCUCAAACUUUAGCUCAGGCAUAAGCAAACUCCAGCCCUCCAGAUGUUUGGGACUACAAUUCCCAUCAUCCCUGACCACUGGUCCUGUUAGCUAGGGAUGAUGGGAACUGUAGUCCCAAAUAUCUGGAGGGCCAGAGUUUGCCUAUGCCUGCUUUAGCUUGUAUCUGUGUGUUUUUUAAAAUAUCCUGAUCCAUUUCUCUGUGUUCUCUCCUCUUUGAACAAUUCCCAGGCCUUUUCCCCCCAGCUGAAACUCACUGGAACUCAGUUCCGGCACCUCUCAGGUGGGCACUAUUGUCAUUAUAAGAGAACAUGGGAGGCGUUUGUGGUGAGUUCUGGCGCCUCUUUUUCUAGAAAAUAGUGUUGAUGAGGUUCUCAGCUCACCUGUAUAAAAUGAACUGUUGUGGUUCCCCAUUUACUAUAAUGGGGAAAUCUAAAAAUAGCUAUCACAUGCUUUUGGCCAAAGUGGAUGAAAUUUGCAGGCGCAGAACCCCUCCAGAGUAGAUUAAGUCUUCCAAAUUGUGGGCAAAAAGGACCAGGACCUUUUUGUGAAUGAAAGUAAAAAGGAUUAACUUUUAUGAUGGUGAUGGAGAGUGGUAGGUUGUCUUUGCUUCUCUUCAUUCCCUAAAAUAAUUAAGAGGUAGCUGAGUGGGAUAUACUUUUGCCUUUACAUUAAAAAAAAAAACUUUGCAGCAUCACCCGCCUUUUCUUAGAAGCUUCAAACUGGACUUAGAUGAGGCUGUCUACAAUUUGUCUACAUAGUUCUGAAGGGCUCUGGGUUUAUGUUUCAUUAAAGCAGAGCAACGUAAAUUUUUAUAUAUAAAACUGAAAUGAAGAUUUUAACUUUAAAAAUAAUAACCCUUCACUCCUGUGCUUUUAACAACAACAAUCUGUUAUGCAGGCCAUAUUUGGGAAAGCUUCACUUCUUGCAGAGCCCAUGGACAGUUCCUCAGCAUUUGAAAAAUGCAGGGUAGGUGAGUUACUGACACACACUGAAGUAUGAUAGGUCACAAUGGAAGGAGGCAGCCCUGAGUUACGUUCCUUAAGGGCUUUAUACCAUAGAGUCAUAGCUUCUAAUUAAUUUCUGCCUCAGGGUUUCAGAAAGCCCGUGCAGACCCUGGAACACCAGUUUCUGGUGUUCUCCCCUUUCAUUUGGUGAACCACUUUCAAUCUUUUCUGUGUAGAGUGCAUCACUGUACAUUUAAGGCUGAACAAGCAGGAAUUAAAGUCUGAAGCCCUUAUGUUAUAGAUUCCAUGUUGUACCAAUGUUCAUAGUUGUUCAAAAAGGAGUAUAGACAGACAAACACAAAAUAUACAGUGUUGCAAUCAUGCAGAAUAUCUGCAUGAAGCAAUGCAGGAGUGUUGGAAGUUUGACUUCCAUUCAGUUGCCAUGUCUCAUUGUGUAUUGAUACUAAAGAACAUAUCAUGAAAAUUUCCUGGUUCAGAAGGUGACAGUUUCUUACCAGAUGGAUUUGGUGAAAGUGUAUUUGGCACAGUUGCAAUGUGCAGUGAGGGGUCUACAAGAAUCCCAAGACUGCGCCUUUGAGGAAGCUGAACUCUGUCAGUGGCAGAUCCCCAACAAAGUUAUAAAAUGUAUGCUUGACCACAUUUUGAUCUGAAUUCAAUAUCUUGGCUUUAACUGCUGCCAUAUAUUACACAGUAAUUAGGAGUACAUAGUUUGACAAGGAAGUAAUAUGUGCAUACAAUUAGCAGUGCCCCUUAUAAAAACUAGCUAUGAAACAAGCCCAGCAUUUCUAUGCAAUUCAAUUUUCUUCUGGAAAAUUACACAAUAUCUUUGUAAACCAGUACACCAGGGACCAGUUGGAGGAGGACCAAGCUAAUGUCAAGAAGCUUUUUUUGUGGUUGCAGAAGCUACCAUCUCAACUGGCUUUUGUUUCAUGGACAGUACU